GGAGGAUCCUGUCAGAUAACAAAGGGCGGCUUAUCCCUAGGAAUCACGCCGAUAGCAGGGUUCCCUUACUUAAUAUGGCGGCCGGACGGAAUGACGUAGAAAAAGUGCGCCUGUUGGUGACGAAUGGACAGUGGCCGGCGAGGCGGCGUGAGAGAUAAGAUGACAGACCCAGAGGCAGUGACGGAGGUCCCGGCCGUGCUGAAGCGCCUGGCCAAGUACGUGGUGCGCGGCUUCUACGGGCUGGAGCAUGCGCUGACGCUGGACAUCCUGAUCCGGAACCCCUGCGUUAAGGAGGACGACAUGCUGGAGCUGCUGAAGUUUGACCGUAAGCAGCUGCGGGCCGUGCUCAACACGCUGAAGGGGGACAAGUUCAUCAAAUGCCGCAUGAGGGUGGAGACCGCCUCCGAUGGGAAGACCACCAGGCACAAUUACUACUUCAUCAACUACCGGCUGCUGGUCAACGUGGUGAAGUACAAGCUGGACCACAUGAGGCGCCGGAUAGAGACCGACGAGAGGGACUCCACCAACCGCGCCUCCUUCAAGUGCCCCAACUGCUGCAGCACCUUCACCGACCUGGAGGCCAAUCAGCUGUUCGAUCCCAUGACAGGUACGUUUCGAUGCACGUUCUGCCAGACGGAGGUGGAGGAGGACGAGUCUGCGAUGCCCAAGAAGGACGCCCGCACCCUGGUUGCCCGAUUUAAUGAACAGAUAGAACCGAUCUACGCCCUGCUCCGAGAGACCGAAGACAUCAACCUGGCCUAUGAGAUCCUGGAGCCGGAGCCCACCGACAUCCCAGCUCUCAGACAAAGCAAGGAGAGAGCGGCGGCGGCGGCGUUGGGCGCAGCCUCCGGUCCUCAGAGGGAAGCCUGGUCCAAGGGUCCCUCCUACGAAGAUAUGUACACCCAGGACGUGGUCAUCAGCAUGGAGGAGCAGGAGGACCUGCAGAGAGCGCUCACCGAGGGGAAGCCCGUCAAGGAGAGGCCCAUCUGGCUGAGGGAGAGCACCGUGCAGGGCGGAGCCUACAGCGAACCCGCCGACAUUAAGGAUGGUCUGGACGCGGAGUCCUUCCACGAGGAGAGCCGCCCAAUCGCGGAUGAGAAUGAAGAGGUGAUGCAAGCUCUGCUCAUUCACGAGAAGAAGAGCGCAGCCGCCGCCUCUGUGGGGGUCUCCUCCACCGUCGGCGCCAGCGCGGGAGCCGGCAGCGAUUCGGACAGCGACACCAGCGAAUCGGACCAAGAUAGUCCAGUGAGCCGGCAUCCUGUGAGCGCGGCCUCCCGGAUCAUGGAGGAGGAUGACGAUGAGGAGUUUGAGGAGGUGUCUGCAGACCCCGCGGUCACGGUGGGCGGGCGGCCGUACCUGUACAGCGAGGUCAGCCAACGGCCAGAACUGGUGGCGCAGAUGACCCCCCAGGAGAAGGAGGCGUACAUAGAGAUGGGGCAGAGGAUGUUUGAAGACAUGUACGACUGAGCCGCAGGGGGCGCCAUCUUCAGGCUCCGGUCUCGCGCCUCUGCUGCAGACGCCAUCAUUUUAUUACCUACAGAUACAUAUUUUUAAUUUUACUCUUUUAAAGUCAAGUGGAGGAGGGGGGGGGGCAUUUAAUGUACUUUAAAAGUUUUUAUUUUUAAUUUAUUAUUAAACCCGCCACCCCUCCUCCAAUGAAUCCCAUUGCGUUUUAACCCUGUAAGCCGAAGAAACGGAUCGGUCACAUGACUGGCGAUUAUCGUCAGCAGGAGGGGGGCGUCUCCCCUCCCCCGAGCUGUGUAUAAAGAAUGUUUUAUCUGAUUUUUAUUAGUUUUUAUUGUGGGACGAGCUGGAUUUAUUUUAGACCCCCUCCCCCCCACUAGUAGCAGUAUUAUUUGUGCCAAAGUUUUUUUGUUUUUUUUUUCCCCUUGUUCUGUCUAUAAAGUCUCAGGUCGUCUGUGACGGUUUUCUUAAAGGGCCGGUGUCCAGUCUUCUGUAAGUAGAGCUCGACCGGAAACAUUCUGCAACUUUCUAAUAUACGUUGUGUUUCAAUAUCUCUGCUUGCUGUCCGCUGUAGACCAUAUUCUGUGACCUGAACAGCCUGGGCUCCAGGAUUGUACAUUUUGCCUGCACUGGUACAAGGUAGCAAACUGCCAGAGCAGGAAUUACUCUGAGACUGAUACAUUGUUUAAAGCCAGCGGAUCUGUUACAACGUUUCCAUUCAGCCAUAGCAAGCAGAGCUCUAAACGCCUUACAUAAAGAGUAGGCUUUGUGAAACUGGACAAGCCCCUUCCUUUACAUCAUUAAUGUCCCCGCUGUGGACUGGAAAUAUGUGAUGUGGCUUCUGGUUGGUGCUCGUGUCUGUGGGAGCCAAGAUGGCGGCCUCCGUCUUUAUCCUUUCCAUUGGCGAGAGAAUCUGAUGUCGGUUAACGUUUAUACUGGUUGCGGUGCAGCUGCUGGUCUUUGGGGUUUUGUAUUUUUUUUUUUUUAAGUUUUUUGUGAAUUUAUUUGACUCU